GGUCUCUGAGGAGUGACUGCAGGGCUCCGGGGGCCCGAAGGAACGAGGGCUCCUGAGGACGGCACGCCUAAGCUCUUUGACGGUCGGGUUCUGGCUUCCUCUCCCUUUCCGGGUCCCCCGUCUCUCAGGCAUCUUCGCCUUCGGCCUCCAGUUGGUCUCCGUGGAGGCUGCUCCGUUUGAAUUCACCGCACUCCGUUUCCAAUGGCUUUGGAUUCGGCCGUCCUCACCUAGAGCAGGGCAUCACGGGGCAUGGAAUCGAAGCCAGGCCCCAGGUCCUAACACACACACACACACACACACACACACACACACGGGGAGGAACCGUUGUCCAGCUUUAUAACGCGUUUAAUCUUACAAUCAUUUACUUUGUUACAUUACCCUGAAAACAGCUGUUGCCAGUCAAGAGGUUUGCUAAAUAAAUCAUCUCUGGACGGACGUCGCAGGCCCGUCCACACUGGAAGUUCUGCAACCCCCGUGGUCCCACCAAUUUUAGGGUGGAGCGGGAUCUGUGAAAAACCGGAUUUCAGACACCAGCCCAACAGCCUUGUUCCUGAGCAUCCCGGGGCUAUAAGAUUAGAGAGAUCUGAUCUAGGUGCAAGGGAGACCAUCCAGAGGCUUUCGGCUCCGAGAAGCCUUCCUCAGUGGGGCCAGGGCCACUUGCAGCGUCUUCAAAGGGAAGACGGAGGUGUCCUUCAACCGCCUUGGAGCCUACCCUCCUGGGGAGUCCUGACCCUAUCCUCCCGGUGAUCUCGAUGGGUGCGGUGGGACAAGCCGGCCUCCACAGGAAACCCUCCCGAGCGGGCCUUCCAGCUUACCUCUCGCAGCCCGACCUUCUUGACUCAGCCCUCAAGUCCCUCGAGACUUAGCCUCCCGCCCGAAGCGCUCUUCUCGCUGUGAUUGGCCGCCCGAGAAGGCUUCGGCCAAUGGGGAUGACGUAUUCAGGCAGACGUAGGCCCGAGGGCUGGGGGAGGAGGAGGGACGUCAGGCCCCACGACGCACUGCGCGCGAAGCCCCCCGGCUCGAGGUGUGUGGUGCGGGCCGCGUGGCCUCCGGACCCGGCUGUCACCGCUUUCCGGUGCAUGAGGGUGCCGGGCCCGCAGCGGUACGAGGGCACCAAGGAGUGGCUGCAAAGCCCGUGUGGCCAGAGGUGGUGGCGAGGGUGAGUCCUGAAUUCGGGCCUCGAUUCCCACACUCCAUUCCCAGAAACCUUUGCGCCGAGAGGUCUCUCUUCAAAGGAGUUGGGCCGGGGCUCCCAGAGCAUGAGGGACGCCCAGCAUUGCAGGGCCUUCCCUGAACCCUGAUUCCUUGCUUCUGGACGGGGAGCGGAACCCUCAGGCCUUUGGCCCACCUCCGCUGCUUUGCUAACCCUCCCCGAGCGAAGCUGGACUUUGGGAGGAAGCAAGACAGCCUGGACAGAGGACCCGAGCACCAAGAGGACGCCAAGAGCAACUUGUCCUGCAGAGCUGUUCCAGUUUGACGGGAACCGUUCAGAGCCUUCGGUGCCACCCGAUAAAAGGCUGCCUGCCAGGAAAGGAACGCCAGCUGUGCAGAAUCUGAUCUGUGAAGACAUAGGUUUGUUAAGAGACCAACAUGUGCUCUCCUGCCAGUUCCAAAAUCCUAUAUAGGAAUCCUCGGCUGCUCCGCUUAGCUUUUGUGCAGCUCCAUCACCAGCAACAGAGUGGCGUGUUCUGUGAUGUCCUUCUGCAGGCAGAAGGUGAGGCUGUUCCAGCCCACUGCUGCAUCCUGUCAGCCUGCAGCCCCUUCUUCACAGAGCGCCUGGAGCGGGAGAGGCCAGCUCAGGGUCGGAAGGUGGUGUUGGAGCUGGGGGGCUUGAAGAUCAGGACGCUCAGGAAGCUGGUGGACUUCUUGUAUACCUCAGAGAUGGAAGUAUCUCGAGAAGAAGCCCAGGAUGUGCUUUCUGCUGCCCGUCAGCUCCGUGUAUCUGAGCUAGAAUCCCUCCAGCUAGAGGGUGGGAAGUUGGUGAAGGCCCCCCAGGGCCGAAGACUGAACCGGGAGUGCUUACAGCCUCCAAGUCCUGCACCAAUCUCUGCCAGGGUGGUGGCAUCCAUCCGCCGCCCUCGGACUCCACUGCCUGUGACUCAGACUCCUUGUUCUCUUGGGCUAGUGAGAUUGAAGUCCUUGGGAAAAGAGGAGGGGCCCCUGGAGAAAAGCAACCAACAGAACACAGAGAACUUGUCUGGCAAUCUUCUGCUCAAGAGGAAGGCCAGAGCUUGCCCAACUCAAGAAAAAAGCUCUCCACCAUCAAGCCAUAGUCAGGGACCUAAAGAGAACAAGAGCGACUCUGCCCAUGCUCCCGCAGCAGUUUCCCCACCUGGUAGGUACUCCUCUGUGGACAAGCGACUAUUGCCCAGAAAGAUCAGACUGAGUCGCUCAAAGCCGUCUCCUGACGUCUGCACACCCAAACCUUCUGGCACUGUAAGCAGACCCAGCUCAGUACCCACAGCCCCUGGCCGGCGUCUUUGGCGGCAGAAGAGUGUAAAUAAAGUACCAGAGGACAAGGAGAAACCAGGGAGAGACAGUCCUCUACAAAGCCUCCCAAAUCCAUCUGGUCUUGAAAAUACAGGUGGGAGCAAGAAGCGGAGCCCUGAAGUCAGGGCGCCGUACUCAGACUCUGCAGAGGGGCAAGUUGGAAGGGUGAAGCUUAGGAAGAUUGUCAAUGGGACAUGCUGGGAGGUGGUACAAGAGCCUCCCCUCAAAAACUCUCAACAGAGCCCUCAGGCCCCGGAACCUGAAUGCUCAGAGCCUGCAGGGACACAGCCAUCCUCAGUUACGGAGCAGGCUAUGUUACCUGCCAGAGUAGACCUGUGUCAGGACACCCCAGUGUGCUUCAGGCUACAGGACCUCCUGCUCUCUGCUAGCCACUCGCCAGACCACCCAGUGGCGAAGUCGGAGUUUGGGUCCAGUCCAGAGCCGGUUGGGAAGGAGCCCGGGUUGGAUAUUGACUGCAGAGAGCACUACACGUUUGACACACCCCUGCUGGGGCCGCCGUGCGAGGCUGAGGAGUACCGCAUCACAAGUGCUGCUGCCACCAGUGAGCUGGAGGAGAUCCUGGACUUCAUGCUGUGUGGCUCUGACAUCGAGCCACCCAUAGAGUCUCUGGAGGGUCCUGGAGGCGAGGGCUGCAGGACCCCUACUUAUCACCUGACAGAAACAGGAAAGAACUGGAUCGAAGGGGAGGAAUGGUGUCUGCCAGACAUGGAACUCUGGCCCAGGGAGCUCACGGGACUGGAAAAGGAACCUAUUGGUGAGAACAAAGAGCCAACCAACUCCUUUAGCCCCCUUGUCCUGCCCUCUGAGAUGAGUGAAGGGGAGGAGGUACCUUCAGUAGGAGACCCUUGGACUCCAGAUCUGGAAAUUACCAGUUCCCAGCCACUGGAUGGUCACAGAGAGAAGCUUCUCCACAUGGACUCUCUCGACCUUGCCCAAAGGCCCUCUGAGGAUCUCUCACCUCCCUGUUCAAACUGGAUGGACACUAGGCCGGAAGUGUCCCUAAGUACGGAGGAGGUAUUACACCCUGCUCCAGAGGCAGGCAAGGAGGAACUUGGCAACUCUGAAUUGUUGGACCCAUUUCUUGCCAGCUCCGAAGAAGAAGAGAUUGAUGUUGUGGACUGGACGUCAGAGGGGAGGCUGGUGCCCGUGGGUAUUCCCUCUGUGUGGCCCGACCCUUCCUCAGAGUCAGACACAGAGGUGGACAUACUAACAUAGAGCAGGUACUGCAGGUCGGACCCUGGGAGGGUGGGAAGUGUUGACUAGCAAAAGGUGUGUGGGCACAUGCCCAUCCCCUCAGCACGAGAGGCAGGGGUACUCCGAGCUCUCUGUGGGUCCCUUCCUAUCCUCCCCAGGCUUUGGGAGCCAAGCAGAAGUAGUACCGUGGGUACAAAAUUAUGGACUUGAACUGUCUUAUUUCUUUGUAAUCUAUUUUCCAGUUAGUGAUAAACAAAUGAAACUAUAAA